AUGUCGUCCAAGCCCGAGGUGGCUCCGGAAGUCGACCCGGUGACGCAGAUCGACACCUAUCGCGUUCACGAGGAUGAUAGCUUUUCCGACACAUCCUCAUCGUUGUCCUCGGAUGAAGAUCAGGAGCGACAGUCACUGUCUCGCAUAGCGUCCAGCCGACUAGGUCAAGUGCUCUCGGCCACGGAUGCGAAACAAGACCCCCAGCUCGACCCCAACAGCCCUUCAUUCGAUCACCGUCGUUGGGCCCAGUUCGUUCUGAGGCGAAUGCACCAGUGCGGUAUUGAACCACCACAGCAAGGCGUCGUCUUCAAGGACCUUCAAGUCUCGGGGUCUGGAUCGGCGCUCCAGUACCAGGAGACGGUUCUCUCCACCUUCGGCAUCCCCUUCCGCACGGCCUCUAGAGCGCUUGCAGGACAAAAACGGAUCCCUCGCCGUCAGAUCUUGCGUGGCUUUGAUGGUCUCCUCGAGGGUGGCGAACUCUUACUCGUGUUGGGUCGACCAGGCAGCGGAUGUUCGACUCUCCUGAAGACGAUCUGUGGUCGCAUGGGCGGACUGACCCUAGAGCCGGAAAGCACAAUCCACUACAACGGGGUGGGCUAUGAGGAUAUGAUUAAACACCAUCGGGGAGAUAUUGCCUACAACAAGGAGGUUGACGAGCAUUUCCCACACCUCACCGUGGGCCAGACCCUCUCCUUUGCGGCACAUGCCCGUGCGCCUCGACGACGGAUCGAAGGUGUGACUCGCAUGCAGUUCGCGGAUACCAUGACCAAGGUGGUGAUGUCGGUGUACGGCCUCUCACACACGGUCCACACCAAGGUGGGAGAUAACUUCGUCCGGGGAGUCAGUGGGGGUGAACGCAAACGGGUCAGUAUCGCCGAGAUGUUUCUAUCGAACUGUCGGAUAGGUGCUUGGGACAACAGUACCAGAGGCCUUGAUGCUGCAUCUGCCCUGAAAUUUGUGAGAGCGUUGCGCCUGUCCGCUGACAUGAGUAACUCCUGCCAUGCUGUGGCCGCCUACCAGUCUUCCCAGUCAAUGUACGACCUCUUUGAAAAGGUCGUGGUCCUGUACGAGGGGUAUGAGAUCUACUUUGGGCCGUGUGACGCGGCGGUGGAAUAUUUCCAGCGGAUGGGCUGGGAACGACCGGAGAAGCAGGUGAGCCCGGACUUCUUGACCGCCAUCACCAACCCCGUGGAACGAAGGGCCCGGCCGGGCAUGGAGGACAAAGUGCCUCGAAGUGCGAAGGAAUUCUCGGACUAUUGGAAGCGCAGCCCAGAAUAUCAGAAGCUUCGCACGGAAAUUGCCCAAUAUGUGCAAGAACACGGCCCAAAUGGUGAAGGCGCCCAAGUCCUGCGGCAGGUCCACGAAGAAAAGCAAGCCCGUCAUACGCGAACGAACAGCCCAUACCUCCUGUCGAUUCCGAUGCAAAUCCGCCUGUGUAUUCGGCGGGCCUAUCAGCGUCUACGCAACGAUCUGCCAACUGCGAUGUCGACAGUUAUUGUCCAGACCAUCCUAUCCUUGAUUAUUGGCUCCGUCUUCUACAAUUCCCCUGACUCUAGCAAUGGAUUCUUUCAGAAAGGUGCUGUCCUCUAUUUCUCGGUGCUUAUGAAUGCGUUGAUCACCAUUGGAGAGAUUAUGCAACUCUAUGCCCAGCGCCCCAUCGUGGAAAAACAGGCGGCCUAUGCGUUUGUGCAUCCAUUCACUGAAGCCUUAGCAAGUGCCCUGGUAGAUCUGCCAAUCAAAGUUCUUCGCUGUUCGGUGUUCAGUAUUAUCCUCUACUUCUUAGCCAACCUCCGCAGGGAACCGUCUCAGUUCUUCAUCUUUUACCUACUUCUGAUAUGCACCAUUCUCACCAUGUCUGGAAUGUUCCGCAGUUUGGCGUCCUUGACGCAGACCGUGGGACAGGCCAUGGCGCUUGCCGGUAUCCUAGUUUUAUGUAUUGUCGUCUACACCGGAUUCACGUUGCCACAGCCUGAUAUGCAUCCGUGGUUCUCCUGGAUACGCUGGAUCAACCCUGUUUUCUAUGCAUUUGAAGGCCUUGUUUCCAAUGAAUUCCAUGGCCGGAAUUUCGAAUGCGCUUCUUACAUUCCUUCUUAUGGUACAGGGACAUCCUUUAUUUGCUCGGUCGUCGGUGCAGUUGCCGGUGAACGGUUUGUCUCCGGCGACGCGUUCAUUGAGCAGAACUACCAAUAUUCCUACUCACACCUGUGGCGAAACUUCGGCAUCCUGAUCGCGUUCCUGAUCUUCUUCCACGUACUUUACCUCACUGCAACAGAGUUUAUCUCGGCAGAUAAGUCCACAGCGGAAGCAUUGGUGUUUCGGCCGGGCCAUGCUCCCAGCUACCUGCAAGACGGUGACGGUAUUGAGGCGGAGAAGACAAGCCCUACGACGGAGGUCAGGGCGGACGCAGAUUCUAUCCGCCUCCCGGAGCAGAAGGAUAUCCUGUCCUGGAAAUCAGUUUGCUAUGACAUUCCCGUCAAGGACGGCACCCGGCGUCUGCUAGAUGAUGUGAAUGGAUGGGUCAAGCCGGGGACGCUGACAGCUUUGAUGGGCGUUUCUGGUGCUGGAAAGACCACUCUGCUCGAUGUUCUCGCCCAGCGAGUGUCGAUUGGCGUUGUGACGGGAGAUAUCUUCGUGAAUGGAAAGGGGUUAGCCGCGAACUUCCCCCGUCGAACUGGCUAUGUCCAGCAGCAGGAUCUCCAUCUGGAGACCACUACGGUACGGGAGGCUCUCCGCUUCAGUGCUGUGCUUCGCCAGCCUCGAUCAGUCUCUCAAAAGGAAAAGUAUGACUAUGUCGAGCAGGUGCUUCAAGUCUUGGGAAUGGAGGAUUAUGCUGAGGCAGUGGUCGGUAGACUGGGUGAAGGGUUGAAUGUAGAGCAGCGAAAGCUGUUGAGUAUCGGCGUUGAGCUCGCUGCCAAACCGACCCUUUUAGUCUUCCUCGACGAGCCCACCAGUGGUUUAGACUCUCAGAGCUCAUGGACCAUCUGCGCGUUUCUGAAGAAACUGACCAGUCAAGGCCAGGCAGUGUUGGCAACGAUCCACCAGCCCAGUGCAAUGUUGUUCCAAACCUUUGACCGCUUACUAUUCUUAGCGAAGGGGGGAAGGACAGUUUACUUCGGUGAGAUUGGCAAGAACUCCCGCAUCCUAUUGAACUACUUCGAGCGAAACGGCGGUCGACUCUGCAAGGAACAUGAAAACCCGGCGGAGUACAUCCUCGAAACGGUUUCCGGUGAUGUGGACAACAACGCACCAGAUUGGGUCAAAGUGUGGAACGAGAGCCCCGAACGUCAAGACGUACUCGCGGAGCUCGAUCGAUUGCAUGCGACCAGAGAAAGCGAUUUGGCACCCUCUGCCGAUGAUGCAGGAAGCGACGAGGAAUUCGCUAUGCCAUUAAGCAGUCAGCUCUAUCAUGUUCUUCGCCGUGUGUUUCAGCAAUACUUCAGGCAACCGGAGUAUAUUUUCUCGAAGUUCAUUCUGGGCAUUGUCUCUGGUCUUUUCAUCGGAUUUUCCUUCUGGAAAACUGACAGUACACAGCAGGGCUUCCAGAAUUCCCUUUUCAGUAUUUUCCUGUUAUGUACGAUCUUCAACACGUUGGUCAACCAGAUCAUGCCGAAGUUCGUUGCCCAGCGUGCCCUCUAUGAAGUGCGUGAGCGGCCGUCCCGAGUGUACUCCUGGAAGGUCUUCAUUCUUUCUCAAAUGAUUGUCGAAGUGCCCUUCCAGUUUGGACUCGGCGUUUGUUCCUGGGCCUCAUUCUACUGGGCUGUUUUUGGUGCGGACCAAGACUCCGAGCGCCGUGCUCUGAUCAUGCUGUUUAUUGUGCAGUUCUUCAUCUAUAGUGCGAGCAUGGCCCAAUUCGUUGUAUGCGCGGUCGGAGAACCCGCACUGGCCUCCAUGAUUGCUACACUGAUGUUUGGUCUGUCGUUCGUAUUCAGUGGUGUUAUGCAGCCACCCCCUGCCCUCCCGGGAUUCUGGAUCUUCAUGUACCGCGUGUCCCCAUUCACGUACUACAUUGGAGGCAUUGGAAGCACGGCUCUGCAUGACCGUCCUGUGCAUUGUAGCUCGACAGAACUCAGUGUUUUUGAUCCCCCUGACGGCCAAACCUGUGGUGACUAUAUGAGCAAAUAUCUCGAUUUAGCUGGCGGCCAGUUGUAUAACAAGAACGCAACGUCCGGCUGUGAGUACUGUGCCAUGGAUUCUGCGGACCAGUACCUGGCCCAGCGGUGGAUCUACUGGGAGGAUCGCUGGAGAAACUACGGCAUCUUCUGGGCGUACUUUGUGUUUAACAUCAUUGGGGCGAUCACGCUCUACUAUCUCUUUAGGGUACGGAAGAUUAGCCUGAAGAAAUCUUGA